AUGUUCGCUCAACGCACCGCCGCUCGCAUGUCCCAGCGUGCUGCUCAGCAGUUCCGCUCCGCCCCGCGCCGUUUCAACAGCACCGGCACCGGCGACAAGUUUCCCUGGGCCGUCGAAAACAGCUUCAACCGUGAGCGGGAGGCUGUCAAGCACCACGCCAACUCGACCAGCGACCUGUGGCGCAAGCUUUCCCUCUAUGCCGUCGUCCCCGUCAUCGUCCUCGGCGCUAUCAACUCCUACAACCUCUGGGAGGAGCACUGGGAGCACUGGGAGCACAUGCCCCCUCUGGAGGAGCGCGUCGAGUACCCCUACCAGAACAUCCGGGUGAAGAACUACCCCUGGAGCGAUGGUGACAAGACCAUCUUCUGGAACAGCUCUGUCAACUACCACAACAAGGACAAGGCCACCUAAACGUGCCUUGAGCGGACCAGCAAAUGGCUCGAACCCCGCGUCUCCGGGAGAAGCGAAGGACCGGACCUGUAUAUUUACUGCUACUGCUAUGCCACCGCAGCCUGUC